AAUAAGUUGUUUUUGUUUUUUUCCACUCGACCAUAAACAAAAGCUUUUUGUUUUACGGCACUUCGCAUUCAGUUAUAUUCUCUUCUACUUCUACGGCCUCCUAAAGUCUAUCACCCGUAUUUGUAUUUUCAUUGCACAUCAGCUGGACUGUAAAAAAGAGCAAGAAGCAGCAGCAGCAACGGAGAGGUGAAACAAAGGAGACACAAAAACACAAUUAAUUUGAUUUUUGUAAAUUGCCGCUGUCAAGCGAAGCAAGUAACAACCGUCGAGCUAACGAAGCUGCCAGAAUAUAAUACAUCACGUGAAUAUUCCGAGAUAGGCGCAAUUACCUACUACUGCCCUUCCAGAGCCCGCACCCAAAACAAAAUAAAAUCCUGCGACGCGUGUUUUACAUAACAACAAGCGGCAAGCUAUGAAUAAUUUGGCAGAUACUGUGGUGGUAGAUCCCGGCUUCGGCGGAGGCGAUAAACAGCAACAGGCAGCUGUUUCUCAGCCGCAGGAUCCCAGUGCUGUGGUACCACCGCCGGCAACAAAGCAGUCGUCGGCUUUGAAGAAGACCAGCCGUUAUCGUAGCCGGUCACUCAGUGCCUCCUCGACGGAUUCCUUCAGUUCCGCCUCGUACACAGGCAGCAGCGAAGACGGCGACGAUGUGCCGCCACGCGAAAAGGUUCAAAAGAACAGUAAGGGCAGCUCUGACUUCUGUGUGCGCAAUAUAGGAGCACAGCAUGCCUUUGGUCGCCGCGAGAUUGAAAUUGCCGAACAGGAGAUGCCGGGCAUCAUGGCUCUGCGUAAGCGCGCCGCCGAGGACAAGCCGCUCAAGGACGCCAAGAUUGUUGGCUGUACUCACAUUAAUGCACAGACGGCUGUGCUAAUUGAGACGCUGUCAGAGCUGGGCGCCAGUGUGCGCUGGGCUGCUUGCAACAUCUACUCCACUCAAAACGAAGUAGCCGCUGCCUUGGCCGAGUCGGGCAUUCCGAUCUUUGCAUGGCGCGGCGAAACAGAGGAGGACUUUUGGUGGUGCAUUGAUCGAUGCGUCAAUGCUGAGAACUGGCAACCCAACAUGAUACUGGACGAUGGCGGUGAUGCUACACAUCUCAUGCUCAAGAAGUAUCCAACCAUGUUUAAGCUGGUCAAGGGUAUUGUGGAAGAAAGUGUAACGGGCGUGCAUCGUCUCUAUCAGCUCUCCAAGGCGGGCAAACUAACAGUGCCGGCCAUGAACGUCAACGACUCGGUCACCAAAACCAAGUUCGAUAACUUGUAUAGCUGCAAGGAGUCCAUACUGGACAGCCUCAAGCGCUCCACCGACGUCAUGUUCGGUGGCAAGCAGGUCGUUGUCUGCGGCUAUGGCGAUGUUGGCAAGGGCUGUGCUCAGGCUCUCAAGGGUCAGGGAUGUAUUGUGUACAUCACCGAAAUCGAUCCGAUUUGCGCGCUGCAGGCCAGCAUGGAUGGUUUCAGAGUAGUAAAGCUGAAUGAGGUUAUCCGGAAUGUGGAUAUUGUGGUCACAGCAACGGGCAAUAAGAACGUCGUGGUGCGCGAACAUAUGGACAAGAUGAAAAGUGGCUGCAUUGUCUGCAACAUGGGUCACUCCAAUACGGAGAUUGACGUAAAUGGCUUGCGCACACCGGAUCUAACCUGGGAGAAGGUGCGCUCUCAAGUCGACCACAUCAUCUGGCCCGAGGGCAAGUACAUUAUACUGCUGGCGGAGGGACGACUGGUUAACUUAAGCUGCUCGAGCAUACCUUCGUUUGCGGUGUCCAUCACCUCGGCCACGCAGGCCUUGGCGCUAAUUGAGCUUUUUAAUGCACCACCCGGCCGUUAUAAGUCCGAUGUGUAUCUGCUGCCGAAGAAGAUGGACGAGUAUGUGGCCAGCUUGCAUUUGCCCACAUUCGAUGCGCAUCUGACGGAGCUAAGCGACGAACAGGCCAAGUACAUGGGUCUCAACAAGGCCGGUCCUUUCAAGCCCAACUACUAUCGCUACUAAGAGGACAAUAAGAACUACAACACACGUAACAACAACAAUUAGAAAACACAAAGCCAACGAAAGUAUUUUCUUUGCAAAAUUACUAAAAACAAGAAGAAAACACAAUUAUUUACAUGAGAAUUGCAAUUCUCUAAACCAAAAACCAAAACAUUGUUAACACUACUAAACACUUGACACUGGAUAUAACUAAAAAAGUUACUACUUGAACAUUUGUAUUGCUUAGUUAAGUAAAUAGCUCACACACACACACACACACAUUAACACCGUAUGCUUUUUAGUUGUUAGCAUUUAAAGUACUUAUUGUAUGUGUUUUUUUUAUCAAGUUCCCUUAGCAAUAAUCAAUUUGCAAGCAUUUGCUUUAGCCGCAAAAGUAUUUUUCAUUUUUUAAGUAAUUUGUCGUAAAACCAGGCGCUACUAACGGUUUCGUUUUUUGACUAACUUGUGCUCUCUUUAACUCACUUUUGAAUUUAUUACAUAUUUCGAAAAGUUUGUCGUUUAUUUGUAUUUAUUUAUGUACUUACUACUUGAUCUUUAUUUUAGAAAUGCAGUGCAAAUGA